AUUAAACAUUUAAACAACAAGACUGGAAAGAAAUCAAAUUAAACCCAUGUUUUUUUCUACUUAAUUUCCCCCAAAAUCAAACCUUUUAUGAACAUUUAGCAUCAAAAUCAAGAAUUUUUAUCCUUUUCGCUUCUGGGGUUUCAAAAUUCUUGAUCUUUAUACCAAAUUCAAGCAAAAAAAAUGGUGGGUGUGUCUGCAAUUGGAAGAUUGGUUCUUGUUAUGUUGUCUUUUUGUUUGAUUUCAGGUAAAGUUGUUGACUUUUCGGAGAAAAGUCAACUUCUGGAGUUCAAGAAAACCAUUCUUGAUCCUCACAACAUGUUGUCAAGCUGGAAAUCAACAAACCCUUUUCACUGUGGUUGGUUUGGGGUCACGUGCAACGCACGUGGUAGGGUUUCUGAGUUGAGGUUAUCAGGAGGUAAUUUUGCUCAUUCUGGUUCUUGUUUGAGUGAUAAACAUUCUGAUCUUUCAGUGCAUGGGUUUGGGAUUGUUAGGAACUGUUCAUUGUUAAAAAAAGGGAAAUUUUUAGGUGGGAAGUUGUCUAAUUUAAUUGGGAAUUUUUUAGAACUUAGGGUUCUUUCAAUCCCAUUUAAUCAAUUUAGGGGUGAAUUGCCGAGUGGGAUUUGGGGUUUGAAGAAUCUUGAGGUGAUUGAUGUUGAAGGGAAUGCAAUGACUGCAAAUUUGUCGAUGAUCGAUUUCGCGAAAUUGAAGAAUUUGCAAGUUCUUAAUCUAGGGUUCAAUAGGUUAUUUGGGGAAAUCCCUAAUUCACUUUCUGAAUGCAAGUAUUUAAGCAUUUUGAAUCUUGCUGGAAAUCGAAUUGACGGGCCGGUUCCUGAAUUUCUUGGUAAUUUUGUGAAGUUAAAAGUGAUUAAUCUGUCGUUGAAUCGGUUUACCGGUUCAUUAGGGGAUAGAUUCUGGAGUUAUUGUGAUGUUCUUGAGCAUGUUGAUUUCUCGGGUAAUUUCUUGAAUGGCCGGAUCCCGAAUAGUUUAGGAAGGUGCAGCAAUUUAAGAACAAUGUUGCUCUUUUUGAAUAGAUUUUCGGGUGGUCUCCCCUUCGAGCUUGGGAACCUUAGCGUGCUUGAAGUUCUAGAUGUUUCUAGAAACAGCCUUUCGGGUGUUAUCCCCGCGAGCAUUGGGAACUGUGUCAAGUUAUCAGUUCUUGUUCUAUCGUCUGACUUUAAUGUUAAUCAUAGAUACGGUUUGAUCAAAGAUGGUAACUCUUUUGCAAGCUCAUUACCGUUGCAAAUCACAAUGCUUCCAAAUUUGAAGCUAAUUUGGGCACCAAACUCGAAUCUUGAUUCUGAGUUUCCAACGAAAUGGGGCGAUUGCCAAACGUUAACAAUGGUGAAUCUUGCCGGUAAUCAUUUGAAAGGAAACAUCUCGGGUGUUUUUGAGAAUUGCCCGAAUCUACAUUUUCUUGAUGUUAGCUCAAACAGGAUCAGUGGAGUUCUUGAUGACAAACUUCAUGUUCCAUGUAUGACAUUGUUUGACGUUAGCCGAAAUCUCCUGUUUGGAUCCAUUCCUGAGUUCAAGAUCACCCCUUGUAGUCGUUUGAACUUUUCGCGACAACUAGAUCAUGUCACCAUAUAUCUCUCCUACUUUGCUCAUAAAUCUCGAGUAAAAAGCCAUCUUCCCUUGUCCCGGUUUAUGCCAGCCAUGAUUCAUGAUUUUAGCCACAAUAAUUUCACGGGCCCAAUGCCGUUGCUUCCUAUGGUAUCGAAAGGUGAAUCACAAUACAAAACAGGGAAGAAGAUUGACUAUGCAUUUCUAGCAGGCGGAAACAGGCUUUCUGGUAGUCUAUUUCAUGAUAAUUCAUCAAGAAACUGCGAUGAUUUGAAUGGUUUUUUGUUAAAUGUAAGCAACAAUGUCAUAUCCGGUGAAAUUUCACCGAAUGUUGGUGCUAACUGGAAAUGUCUGAAGUUCUUAGAUGCAUCGAAGAACCAAAUUUCAGGUCAGAUUCCAAAGAGUCUCGUGAAUCUUAGAAAUCUAACAGUUCUUCUUCUCAACAACAACAAAUUAUCGGGUGAAAUUCCUUCUGGUUUUUUGACUUCAAAGUCUCAUACGAAGUUUAACUUUUCGUUCAAUAACUUGUCUGGAUCGAUAAGGAUAGAUCAUGAUCCAAUAAACUGCAAACGGAUUGUCGGUAACCCUUUACUUCAUGGUUGCCAAUUUGUUAGUUUAUCAUCAUCGCCACCAGAAGAACCAUGGCCCAUCGGUCUCGACUCGUUAAACGCUACUCAUUCUUCAGAUUCUAAUGGAGGAAAGAAAGGUGCAAAUUCUUUUGAGCUGGUAUUGAUUAUAGUUCCAUCAAUUAUCGUCAUCAUUCUCAUUGCUCUCGUUAUUGUUUAUCUUUACCGGAGAAAUCGAAAACCGAACCCGGUGGUUGCCGGAAUCUCACCUCGUCGUCCUUCUCCUUCGCCUCGUCCUCGCGGUCAACAAGAACCGCUAGUGGUUUUUAAGGAGAUAGGGGUGAAACUAACAUUAGACACUGUUGUUCAAGCAACCGGAAACUUUACGUCAAGAAACUGUAUUGGGAGUGGCGGUUUUGGGUCAACUUACCGGGCGGAGAUCUCUCCAGGAACCACCGUUGCCGUGAAAAGACUCACAGUUGAAAUGUGCCAAGGGGUCCCUCAAUUCAAUGCCGAAAUCCAGAGUCUCGGAAGAAUCCGACACCCGAAUCUCAUUACGUUAAUUGGGUAUUACGCUAGCACGUCGGAGAUGUUUCUGAUUUACAACUAUCUUCCCGGUGGAAACCUGGAAAAGUUCAUCCUCGAAACACGUGCUAGCGUUUCUGGAUUGAAAGUUCUUCACAAGAUAGCUCUUGACGUUGCUAACGCGCUUCACUUUCUGCAUGAUCUAUGUCAACCGCGUAUCCUCCAUCGUGAUGUCAAACCUAGUAACAUUUUACUAGAUGAGAACUUCAACGCUUACUUGUCGGAUUUCGGAUUAGCUCGCCUGCUAGACGAUUUCGAGACGCACGUGACGACCGAUGUUGCCGGAACGUUUGGUUACGUGGCACCAGAAUACGCGCUAACAUGUCGAGCAUCUGAAAAGGCUGAUGUGUACAGCUAUGGAGUCAUGCUUCUUGAGUUGAUUUCCGACAAGAGAGCUUUGGAUGCAUCGUUUUCGACUCAGGAAAAUGGUUACACCAUCGUGUCAUGGGCGGUGACGCUCCGGCGAGAGGGGCGGUCAGAGGAGGUUUUUACUGCCGGAUUAUGGGAAGCGGGUCCGCAAGAUGCUCUUGUGGAGUUGCUGCACUUGGGUUUGCUUUGCACUGCGGAUUCUGUCGUGGGGAGACCUGCCAUGAGGCAAGUGGUUCGGAAACUGAAGCAAAUUCUACCUGCUUUUGAUUGUUGAGUUUACUGGUUCGUCGUCAUAUAUGUUGGUUUUUAUGUACAUAUAUCUGAUGAAUUGUUAUCAAUUUUGGCAUAUAAUUAAAUUCUGUUGAUAUGAGAUUAUACAUA